UGUGAGGCCCCGCCUGGGACGGCAGACUUCGAUGAGAGCUCGGAGGACCAGUCUCCUCAUCCUCGCCCCACUCAGAAUGGAACAGAGGAGGUCCUGGCCACAGGCCCCCAACGUUCACCGCUCCUCAGUGGUCUUGCUUUCCGUGGUCUGGGUGCUGCUGGCCCCCCCAGCAGCUGGCAUGCCUCAAUUCAGCACCUUCCGCUCUGAGAACCGCGACUGGACCUUCAACCACUUGACUGUCCACCGGGGCACGGGGGCUGUGUACGUGGGGGCCAUCAACAGGGUGUACAAGCUGACGGGCAACCUGACCAUCCAGGUGGCCCACAAGACAGGGCCGGAGGAGGACAACAAGUCUUGCUACCCGCCCCUCAUCGUGCAGCCGUGCAGCGAGGUGCUCACGCUCACCAACAACGUCAACAAGCUGCUGCUCAUCGACUACUCCGAGAACCGCCUGCUGGCCUGCGGGAGCCUCUACCAGGGCGUUUGCAAGCUGCUGCGGCUGGACGACCUCUUCAUCCUGGUGGAGCCGUCCCACAAGAAGGAGCACUACCUGUCCAGCGUCAACAGGACGGGCACCAUGUACGGGGUGAUCGUGCGCUCCCAGGGGGAGGACGGCAAGCUCUUCAUCGGCACCGCCGUGGACGGAAAGCAGGACUACUUCCCCACCCUGUCCAGCAGGAAGCUGCCCCGGGACCCCGAGUCCUCCGCCAUGCUGGACUACGAGCUGCACAGCGAUUUCGUCUCCUCCCUUAUCAAGAUCCCUUCGGACACCCUGGCCCUGGUCACCCACUUCGACAUCUUCUACAUCUACGGCUUUGCCAGCGGGAGCUUCGUCUACUUCCUCACCGUCCAGCCCGAGACCCCCGAGGGCAUGGCCAUCAACUCAGCCGGAGACCUCUUCUACACCUCGCGCAUCGUGCGUCUGUGCAAGGACGACCCCAAGUUCCACUCGUACGUGUCCCUGCCGUUCGGCUGCACGCGGGCCAGCGUGGAGUAUCGUCUCCUGCAGGCCGCUUACCUCGCCAAGCCCGGGGCCUCGCUGGCACGGGCUUUCAACCUCAGCGCACAGGACGAUGUGCUUUUCGCCAUCUUCUCCAAAGGGCAGAAGCAGUAUCACCACCCGCCUGACGACUCUGCCCUCUGUGCCUUCCCCAUCCGAGCCAUCAACCGGCAGAUCAAGGAUCGGCUUCAGUCUUGCUACCAGGGGGAGGGAAACCUGGAGCUCAACUGGCUGCUGGGGAAGGAUGUGCAGUGCACCAAGGCGCCUGUCCCCAUCGACGACACCUUCUGUGGACUGGACAUCAACCAGCCACUGGGCGGCUUGACUCCAGUGGAGGGCCUGACCCUGUACACCACCAGCCGGGACCGCAUGACCUCCGUUGUCUCUUAUGUCUACAAUGGCUACAGCGUGGUCUUUGUGGGGACGAAGAGCGGCAAGUUGAAGAAGAUUCGGGCAGAUGGUCCCCCCCAUGGCGGGGUCCAGUAUGAAAUGGUCUCUGUCUUCAAAGACGGGAGCCCCAUCCUCCGGGACAUGGCUUUCUCCAUUGACCAGCGCUACCUGUAUGUCAUGUCCGAGAGACAGGUAACCCGCCAGCCAGCACGGACACACGAACAGUAUACGCAGUGUCGGGAAGGAGUGAGCUCCGGCGACCCUCACUGCGGCUGGUGUGCCCUGCACAACAUGUGCUCCCGCAGGGACAAGUGCCAACGAGCCCGGGAGCCGAAUCGAUUUGCUGCCAGCCUGGGCCAGUGCUUGAGCCUCGCUGUGCAUCCCGGCAGCAUCUCCGUGUCUGAGCACAGCCGCCUGCUCAGCCUGGUUGUGAGCGAUGCUCCCGACCUGUCCAUGGGAGUCUCCUGUGCCUUUGGAAACCUGACAGAGGUAGAGGGGCAGGUGACUGGGAACCAGGUCAUCUGCAUGUCCCCUGGACCCAAGGAUGUCCCUGUCAUCCCUCUGGAUCAAGACUGGUUUGGGCUAGAACUGCAGCUGAGAUCCAAGGAGACGGGGAAGAUUUUCGUCAGCACCGAGUUCAAGUUCUACAACUGCAGCGCCCACCAGCUCUGCCUGUCCUGUGUCAACAGCGCCUUCCACUGCCAUUGGUGCAAGUACCGCAACCUGUGCACGCAUGACCCCACCACCUGCUCCUUCCAGGAGGGCCGGAUCAACAGCUCAGAGGACUGUCCCCAGCUAGUGCCCACGGAGGAAAUCCUGAUACCAGUCGGGGAGGUGAAGCCCAUCACGCUCAAGGCGAGGAAUCUGCCCCAGCCUCAGUCUGGCCAGCGGGGCUACGAAUGCGUCCUGAACAUCCAGGGAGCCGUCCACCGGGUGCCCGCCCUGCGCUUUAACAGCUCCAGCGUCCAGUGUCAGAACAGCUCGUACCAGUACGACGGGAUGGAUAUCAGCAACCUGCCUGUGGACUUCGCCGUGGUGUGGAAUGGCAAUUUCAUCAUCGACAACCCUCAGGACCUGAAAGUCCACCUCUACAAGUGCGCAGCCCAGCGGGAGAGCUGUGGCCUCUGCCUGAAGGCCCACCGGAAGUUCCAGUGCGGCUGGUGCAGUGGCGAACGCCGAUGUACCCUCCACCAGCACUGCACUAGCCCCUCCAACCCCUGGCUCGAUUGGUCCAGCCACAAUGUCAAGUGCUCCAACCCCCAGAUCACCGAGGUCUUGACAGUGUCGGGGCCACCUGAAGGAGGGACCAGAGUGACCAUCCAUGGCGUGAACCUGGGCCUGGACUUCUCCGAGAUUGCCCACCACGUGCAGGUGGCUGGGGUGCCCUGCACGCCCCUCCUGGGCGAGUACAUCAUCGCUGAGCAGAUCGUCUGUGAGAUGGGCCAUGCCCUUGUGGAGACCACCUCGGGGCCUGUGCGCCUGUGCGUCGGCGAGUGUAAGCCCGAGUUCAUGACCAAGUCCCAUCAGCAGUACACCUUUGUGAACCCCUCAGUGUUGUCACUCAACCCCAUCCGAGGGCCAGAGUCCGGCGGCACCAUGGUAACCAUCUCGGGCCAUCACCUCGGGGCCGGGAGCAGCGUGGCGGUGUACCUGGGCAACCAAACCUGCGAGUUCUAUGGGCGGUCCAUGGAUGAGAUCGUGUGUGUCUCGCCCCCGUCAUCCAAUGGCCUAGGCCCAGUCGCUGUCUCUGUGAGUGUAGACCGCGCCCGUGUGGACAACAGCCUGCAGUUUGAGUACAUCGAUGACCCUCGUGUCCAGCGCAUCGAGCCAGAGUGGAGCAUUGCCAGUGGCUACACACCCCUCACCAUCACAGGCUUCAACCUGGAUGUCAUUCAGGAGCCGAGGAUCCGGGUCAAGUUGAACGGCAAAGAAUCUGUCAACGUGUGUAAAGUUGUGAACACAACCACCCUGACCUGCCUGGCACCCUCGCUGAUCACGGACUAUCGGCCAGGCCUGGACGCUGUGGAACGGCCAGACGAAUUUGGCUUCGUCUUUAACAAUGUCCAGUCCUUGCUGGUUUACAAUGACACGAAGUUCAUCUACUACCCCAACCCAAGCUUUGAACUGUUCAGCCCUUCCGGGGUCUUGGACCAGAAGCCAGGAUCCCCCAUCAUUCUGAAGGGCAAAAACCUCUGCCCUCCAGCCUCUGGGGGUGCCAAGCUCAACUACACGGUGCUGAUUGGAGAGACGCCAUGCGCUGUGACUGUGUCUGAGACCCAGCUCCUCUGCGAGCCUCCCAACCUCACGGGGCAGCACAAGGUCAUGGUUCACGUGGGCGGCAUGGUGUUCUCGCCCGGCUCCGUGAGCGUGGUCUCAGAAAGCCUGCUGACCCUACCGGCCAUCGUCAGCAUCGCGGCGGGUGGCAGCCUCCUGCUGGUCAUCGUCAUCAUCGUCCUGAUCGCCUACAAGCGAAAGUCCCGCGAGAACGACCUCACUCUCAAGAGGCUCCAGAUGCAGAUGGACAACCUGGAGUCCAGGGUGGCCCUGGAGUGUAAGGAGGCUUUUGCUGAGCUCCAGACGGACAUCAACGAGCUGACCAGUGACCUGGACCGCUCGGGAAUCCCUUACUUGGACUACCGCACCUACGCCAUGCGGGUCCUCUUCCCGGGCAUCGAGGAUCACCCCGUGCUGCGGGAGCUGGAGGUGCAAGGGAAUGGGCAGCAGCACGUGGAGAAGGCCUUGAAGCUCUUUGCCCAGCUCAUCAACAACAAGGUGUUCCUGCUGACCUUCAUCCGCACGCUGGAGCUGCAGCGCAGCUUCUCCAUGCGCGACCGCGGCAACGUGGCCUCGCUCAUCAUGACGGGCCUGCAGGGCCGCCUGGAGUACGCCACCGACGUGCUCAAGCAGCUGCUCUCCGACCUCAUCGACAAGAACCUGGAGAACAAGAACCACCCCAAGCUGCUGCUCCGGAGGACAGAAUCGGUAGCUGAGAAGAUGCUGACCAAUUGGUUUGCCUUCCUCCUGCACAAGUUCCUGAAGGAGUGCGCUGGGGAGCCGCUCUUCAUGCUGUACUGUGCCAUCAAGCAGCAGAUGGAGAAGGGCCCCAUCGACGCCAUCACCGGCGAGGCCCGCUACUCGCUGAGUGAGGACAAGCUCAUCCGGCAGCAGAUUGAGUACAAGACCCUGAUCCUGAACUGUGUGAACCCUGACAACGAGAACAGUCCAGAGAUCCCGGUGAAGGUGCUGAACUGCGACACCAUCACUCAGGUCAAGGAGAAAAUUCUGGACGCUGUGUACAAGAACGUGCCCUACUCCCAGCGGCCAAGGGCUGUGGACAUGGACUUGGAGUGGCGCCAAGGCCGGAUUGCUCGGGUGGUGCUACAGGACGAGGACAUCACUACCAAGAUCGAGGGGGACUGGAAGCGGCUCAACACGCUGAUGCACUACCAGGUGUCAGAAAGGUCGGUGGUAGCUCUGGUCCCCAAACAGACUUCGUCCUACAACAUCCCUGCCUCGGCCAGCAUCUCCAGGACGUCCAUCAGCAGAUACGACUCCUCCUUCAGGUACACAGGCAGUCCUGACAGCCUGCGGUCCCGGGCCCCCAUGAUCACCCCAGACCUGGAGAGCGGGGUCAAGGUGUGGCACUUGGUGAAGAACCAUGACCACGGGGACCAGAAGGAGGGAGACCGGGGCAGCAAGAUGGUGUCCGAAAUCUACCUGACCCGGCUGCUGGCCACCAAGGGCACGCUGCAGAAGUUUGUGGACGACUUGUUUGAGACCCUGUUCAGCACCGUGCACCGGGGCAGCGCCCUCCCACUGGCCAUCAAGUACAUGUUCGACUUCUUGGACGAACAGGCAGACAGGCACAACAUCCACGACACAGAUGUGCGGCACACCUGGAAAAGCAACUGCCUCCCGCUCCGGUUCUGGGUGAACGUGAUCAAGAACCCCCAGUUCGUGUUCGACAUUCACAAGGGCAGCAUCACGGACGCCUGCCUCUCCGUGGUGGCGCAGACCUUCAUGGACUCGUGCUCCACAUCUGAGCACCGGCUGGGCAAGGACUCGCCCUCCAACAAGCUGCUCUACGCCAAGGACAUCCCCAGCUACAAGAGCUGGGUCGAGAGAUACUACGCAGACAUCGCCAAGCUCCCCGCCAUCAGUGACCAGGACAUGAACGCCUACCUCGCCGAGCAGUCUCGCCUGCACGCUGUGGAGUUCAACAUGCUGAGUGCCCUCAAUGAGAUCUACUCCUACGUCAGCAAGUACAGCCAAGAGCUCAUCGGGGCCCUGGAGCAGGACGAGCAGGCCCGGCGGCAGCGGCUGGCCUACAAGGUGGAGCAGCUCAUCGGCGCCAUGUCCAUCGAGAGCUGAGAGGAGCGGCCUCUGUCCCUGGGAAGAGGGACCUGUCACGGCCAUCACGCCAGGAUCCUCAGCAGGAAGGGCGAGUGAAGGGGCUCGGGCCCUGGAGCUCUCUGUCCCCUGAGACCCACCCUGGGGAGAGGGGAUGGCCCCCUCCCCACGCCAGCCACGUUUCACCAUAGCCGGUUCACAAGGGGACCUCGUUCAUCCGCAGUGCGGGCGAGAGAUGGGGGCCGAGAAGGUGGUUCUCCGAGCUGAGAGGCGCGGGCAGGGACGCUCUACUUCUGUGACUGCUGCUGUGCAUGAGAACCGGUUGUUGUAUAUUGGGGAAAUAAUGAAAACUUUAUUUAAUUUUUUUUUAAGAAAAGGGGGAAAAAAAAGAAAAAGAAAAACAGAAAUAAAACAAAACAAAAAGCCGCCCUGUUCAUCCCGUUCCAACUUUUGUUUUAAUUCUGAUUUCUGCCCCCCUGCCUUUCUUUUCCUUCAUCUCCCCUGCCUCAUACAAACUCCUUUUUCCAAAAGCCAGCAAGCGCCUACGGAGAGAUGCCCAGAGAAAUGGGAAGGGCAGAGGCGGGGCGGGCAAGGAUGGCUUGCUUUCUCCUGAAACGAAAAACAGAAAGAUGAAUGAGCACAAGUUCCUACAGAAAGAGAAGCCAGUGAAACCUGGAUUGAUCCCAGUAGCCAAGGAGCCUGGGAACUGCAUGCCUUUGUGCCCACUGCAAAGCCAUCAGCACUUGACCAGGGGCUUUCCCUCCCACGGUCUGCCCGCCCAGCCUCUUCUCUCCAGAGGAGGUGUGUACCCAGCGAGGACUAGGGCUUGGUCUUUAGUUCGCUCAUUUAUUGGUUUGUUUGCUUUGGCUACUGUUUUGGUUUGCUUUAUUGAAUCUCCAGCCUCAACAGAUGGGGAGCUGACCUCUGGUACUUUGCCUCUUGGUUCCCCUGGCAUUCCUCUCAGAAGUGAGGGAGGGGUGGACCUCCCCCAGACUGGACACCAGGCCUCUCGGGGAGCACGGCACGGCUCUGCCCACAGCCGGCCACUGUGAGGAGAGGGCCUGGGGGUGCGUGGACCAGGUUUCCACAAAGGUUCCAUCUGGGAGCCGAUUUGGAGACGUGGUGCUUGGUGGGAGAUUCCUCUCCAACCGUCUGGUGGUUUCUUGCGAUUAGAAAGGAAACAACAAAUCAAACACUGUUUACAGCAAGCAAUACUUGAAGAGAAUAGGUUAUAGACAUUGCAGUAUUUAUUAGGCUUUCUCGUUUAUUCUCCCAUGCCUGGAGAGGGGAGACCCCUGUUUGCUUACACGUGGCUGCUCCUAACUGACCGAGCACGCAGCCCUGGCCUCACAGGAGACCAGUAGAAAUGGCUUCGCAUCCUCACCUAGCUGUCUUCUGCCUCUCCUCGUGGACUCGUAGGCUGGACGGCCAAGGACAAAUGGGGUGGCUCUUCUCUGGCCUCCUCUCCUGAUUUCUCUCACCUGUUGACACCCAAAACCACAGACAACCAACAUAAACCAAAGCUCCAGGCCUCUCUCCAGAGGCCCCGCCCAUAGAAGCCAGCUGGGGUCAUCAGGGAGAGGCGACUUUGUUGGCAGCAUUACCUUGACCACCCGACCGGGACAGCCAUUGGAGUGCCCAGACUUCCCGAGUUGGCAUGGAGCCAAGCAGCCAGCACCCGCCUCUCAGCUGGCAGCACUGGAAGGGGGACGAGGGCCAGAGCCAGACAAGGUGGAGAGGCGGGUGGCAGCAGGCAGAAAGGAGAAGCCUCCCCAUCCUUCUUUCCACCCGUUAGAGGGCCAGGAAUCCCAGGCCGCAGGGCUGGGCACGGACCCGCACCAGCUACUCCAAGAAUGACUGUGGGCCCGUGGCAUGCCCUCUGUACGAACUCUGGGUCUCAGCCUUACCUAUCCCAGCAAUUCCAGUUUCCAAAGGCUUUGCUGACCACAUCGAUUCCCAGGAAAGGGCAGGGGGAGAGGAGAGGGAGCCCCGAGGGCUAGCCUCCACCCCCAGUGUGUGACUUUGGACGGACAUGCUCACCAUGCCUCAGACGUCCUCCACUCUCCCAGGCCUCCGGUGUCUUGCCUGAAUGCAGCUGAGAAAUGGGAAGCGGGGAAAAAAAACCUCUCAGGAAACUUGCUGUUUUCUUUCUAAUAUACAACAGCCACACCAGGGCCACUUUCUUUGGAUGAUCCACUUCUGCGGAAGCUUCUGGGGGCUCUACUAAUACCUGAAAGAAGUACAAGUGACUGGCCUUCCUCACUAAGCCAAAGUGUUCGCUCUUGAUAGCACCCAAAGUUCAGCGCCUUGGAGCCCCUGACGUGGGCGAGAUGGAGGGAGACACAGUGAAGGGAGCUGCAGCACAAAGCUUUGGGCUCCGCGCACACAAGACGAAAGCCCCCGCCUCCCUCAUUUGGCUUCUGAGCUGCGUUUGCUGACGACACCCCAGCUCAGACGGGCACCUCACGGUUUAGGCUUUGUACCAUCAAGUCGUGAAAGGAAGUCAGAUGUCUUCACAGCAUCAGAACCCACCCCCACCCCCUUCCCUCUGAACAUCCAGCACCCUGGGGCCCUUCCUGCAGCCCCUCUUGGUGACCGGCCCCCUCCCCUGGGAGCACUCCCUGGAAGCUUUCUGGAGAGAGUGGAGGACGCUGGGAGGAUGGCUCAUUGGAGAGCGGAGGGCCUUCAACACAUUUCUCCGAACUCAGCAGGGGAGCUGGGAAACUUGGGCUCACCCAGGAAACGGGACUUGAGGAAAAGGAAAACUCAGCCGGGUUCAGUUGGACAAGAAUGAGGAAGGUGGUAGCACCUCACCCCUCCCCAGCUUCCCACCGACCCAGCCCCCACCAGCUCUGGCUUGGCAUCACUACGAACCCACACCCCAGGGACUAGGGAACCGAGAGACUGGGACUGGCUGGCCUCGGUCCUCGCUCUGAUCUGAGGAGGGUAUGUGGACCUGUGUUGGGAUGAAACACCAAAACCCCCUCACCCCAGGAAGCCCCCCACCUUGGCAGAGGGGGAAGUCCGCUUUGCUUCACACCACUCCCCUGUUCAGCAUAAGGACGGUUCUCUGGGAAAGGACCACCGCACCCCCACCCCAGGUCCUUACUUGGCACAACAAAGGUGAUGCUAAGGUGACAGACCUGGCUGAUGGACGAGAUGGAGAGCUGGUCCCUUCUGCCGCCUCCUGCCCUCUGCCUGCGGUUCGGUGCCUCGGAUGGCCGACCUACCUCUCUGCAGGGCCCCACGAGGCGCCAUUUCGCCCUGUCUAUUGCCAAGAGGUCCCCUGCCCCUGGAGUCCGUCUGAGCGGGGCCACUGCAUGCUGCAUCGUUUUUGCGGGAACCUUGAGCAUCAACUCCUGCUCGGCACUGUUUUAGGUGCUGGAAGCAGCCACGGUCACGUGGCUCCUGCAAAGUUGCUGUCUUUCAGGCUGCUGGUUCCUGCUGCCAACCCCCCGGCGUAGCCCUCACCCCACCGUUGCCUCCCCUCCUCCUGGGCUCCCACUCCAGUCCCUCAUGAGAGCCACUCUCAACCCAUUGGCUCCCAUCUCUCCCGGCAGCUGCUCCAGCUGCUCACCCACCUGGCCUCUCUGCGCUUCCACCAAAUGAGAUGGAGAUGGAGCAGCGGAGGCCUCCGGCCCAGCCAAACGUGACGUGGAAGCAAUGGGUGGCUGUUCGAGACAGAGAGGGGCUUAGGUAGAAGGCCUUGGGGGGAUUGCCAGCCUCUGGUGGCUAAGCUUCCCGGAGCAUUCCAGUGCCAAACCUGUCGAGACUCACCUGCUGCAGGGAAAUGCCAAGCUGACAGCUGCUCUGAGGGGGAAGCACCCCCCUACCCCAUCCCAACCCCCACAGUCACACUGUGUAGUGCUCAGGCCUCCCAGGCCGGGCCACAAGGACAACAGAACAGAGACACUCGGGACCUGUGUGCCCAAGGAAACACCUGGUGGCCUCACAGACGGAGCUGAGCACCAGAUCCCCUGGGGGACUUGGGAGGUGAUGUCCAGGGCCUUUGGGUGCUUUGAGGAAAGGGUGGCAUCUACCUGACUCCAAAGUCCCCCUCCCCUUCCUUUCUCUUCUACCCAUUUCUCCAAAGGGUGGCUCCGUGCUCCCAGGAGGGCAGCGUAAGCCCACUCUUGGCGUUUUCAAGACAGGGCGAGGGAAUGUCCUGAGAGACUCUUAAGAACCCUGCCUGUUAGACAGGAAACAAACUGGCCUUGGCCUCCCCAGCCACCAUGUCUCAUUUCCUUCCCCAGAAAGAAGCUUGACACUGAGACUAAACCCUUCCCCUCUGUCUGUCUGUCCCCGCAGAGAAGACCGGUAGCCUCUCCCCGGUUUCCGUCAAAGUCCCGAUUUCCUCUACUUGCCUCCAUCUAUCUUGGCACUAAAGAUGGAGGGUCUCAAGGAGAGUCCCCACUGUAGGGACGUCCCCAAGGAUGGACGGGAAGGAGGGACGGCAGACCUGCCUCUCCCCACAGCCCAGACCCUCUCCUCUCGACACACUGGAGUCUGUAUUAUAUAUAUUUUUAAAGAAAACACAAUGAUGGUUGUCUGUUUUUUGUUGUUUUUACAGGUGUUGUGGAAUCAAAACUGUAAGAAAAUUAAGUAUUUAAAGCUGUUCCAAUAAAUUGGGGUUAUUUUUUUGGUUAUUCUAAUAUAUUACUGUGUACCUAUUGUAAAUAUGAAACACUCCUAUUUUGCAAGCCAAGGACGGAAUUUGUACUGUUGUUAUAUAUAAAUAAAGUUUACUGGAUAAAAAAAGGA